GGGCAACACAGAGUUUGUAUGGGAAUGCUGCACUGAUGAAGAUUCAUUGUACAUGACACUACCCUACCACAUGACCAUAUUUAAAAGGGAAACCAGGUCACAAACAGAGAGGUACGUACUUCAUAACAACCCAGGCUUACAGCACCAUCAUGGGAGAAUUUACUGACAUGUACAACAUAAUACCAAAACCAUCAGACUUUCAUAUUUCUGAGGAAGUUGGUUUUCUUUUACCAGAUGCCUUAGAAUCUUUACCAGAGUAUUUUAAACCAUGGGGUGAUAUUGCGGAUAAUUUAGAAUGCCUUACUGAGAUGAAAACUGUUCGUAAGCAUGUUGAACAAUUACCAUUAUUGGACUAUACUCGACUACAGGGCCAUAGAGAGUAUAGACUUGCUCAUGUUCAGUUAGCAUUCACGGCAGCGGCUUAUGUUUGGCAAGAUGGUGAUAAUGAUCCAGCGAAGGUUUUACCAAAAUGUAUAAGUGUACCUCUAUGUGGUGUAUCCAAACACCUUGGGCUUCCUCCCUUAGUGUGUCACCCUAGUGUCAUGCUUGCGAAUUGGCGUAAAAUCAAUCCCCAAGGAAAUUUGGAUAUUGAAAACCUAUAUUGUAUUUGUAAAGUGACGGCUAGUCAACAAAUCUCUUGGUUCCUGCUCACAACAUGUCUAGUUGAGUUAGCAUUCGCUAGAGGAUUGCCCGAUAUGUUGGAUGCCUUCAAAAUGGUUGUGGAAAAUAACGAAGAGAAACUUAUAACAUGUUUGGACAAUAUGGUUGAUACUUUAAAUGAAAUGAAACGUUCUGUUGCAAGAAUGCAUGAGAAGUUAGAACCACCUGUUUUUUAUAAUAAAAUCCGACCAUUCCUCUCAGGCUGGGGGAAUGGAAGUAAGACCCUCCCGGAUGGUUUAAUAUACGAAGGAGUCUCUCCGAUCCCCCAGGCGUACAUUGGGGGUAGUGCAGCCCAGAGUGCCGUCCUUCAUUGCUACGAUGCAGCCCUCGGGAUAGCUCAUGAUAAAGACAAACAAUCAUUCCUUGAUGACAUGCUCAAUUACAUGUUGCCACCCCACAGAGCAUUUGUACAAUGCCUAAGACAAGCGCCAUCUAUCAAACAUUUUGUUCACUCUUCAAACUCCGAAGCUCUGACCUCUGCUUAUGAUAACUGUGUCAAAGUACUGGCUGAAUUCCGCAGCUACCAUAUCAAUCUUGUGGCAAGGUAUAUAGUGUGUGCAGCUCAGGAGGCAAGGAACAGGGACCAUGCUAGUUUAUCGGAUACUGGCACUGGGGGUACAGCCAUUAUGCCAUUCCUCAAAAGCAUAAGGGACUCAACCAAUUUUAGUCAGAUUAAUUCAAAUUAGUUAGCCUACAAGUACUUUCGGUAAAAGGAUACCAUAGUUAUGGUUAUAAAAUGACUUUAUUAAUCCAACUCAAGUUCGAAAAGGAUAUAGUGAAGCCCUCUUUCCAUCAGUUAGUCCUUAAUUCACCAGUCUGUCCAUCAGAAAAAAUUCAAAUACUAGUGGACAUAAUUUCUUAAUAUUUUGUGGAAAGAUUUUUGUUGGUUAAAAGUUUUGUGCAGAAUUUUUUUUUCUGUGUUCUCUACCUGAUGACCCCCAGGGGCCAUGUAUGAGUAAAACAGGAACUUCUGUUAAUUUUGAGAUCAUUCAAGGAG